AUAAAUGGCCAGAAGAUGGCCUGGUAUGUCUCCCAUCUCCUCUCCUCUCUUCUUCUCAUCUACUUUCCUCUUUCCUCCCCUUGUGGCCUGACGGUAAUCUGGUUGCUGCCCGUUCCUGCUUCCAUCUGUCGCACCCAAUGUUCAACCACACGCCGUCUAAGAUCAAAACAGCACUCCAUCGCAACGAACCAAGUUCAAGAUCGUGACAUGUCGCAACGUUUGCUAACCUUUUGACCUCACAGUGCGCCAUGUAUACGUGGCCAUCGUUCUACAAAAUGCAAUCAUUUCCAUGACCGGGUUAUGCUCCCGGUGCGGAAACCUGGCCGGCCCCUGAGCUCUUGCCCUUGCCCUCCCGGACGACCGUGUGUCUGCGGGGGCGUGCGAGUCGCGAUUCCCAAGAAGCAGAAGUGCGGAUGCCCUAGCGAAGGUGCAAAUGACACGGAGAAAGAUGAGAAAGAGCCGUCUCCGGCUGAGACCCCGGCAUCACCAUCGCGGCAAUCAUUCCGAGUUGCCAAGCCGAAUGGCUCCAAAGCCAGCACGCGGAAGCAUUCCGUUGAUCUCGUCAACCUGGAGAGGAUGGAUCCGAACUCUAUCAACGUGAUAGCCGCCACGAGCAGCAAUGGGACUAGCAACGGGACCACCAACGGGACGGCCAUGCCGAGUAACGGCGGCUCCCAACUCGAAGUUCCACGGACUGGUGAGGCUGGGUACCAGCCACCUCAAGAAACGAUGCCAGCCGGACCUGGCAAUGCAUAUGCGUCUCCGGAGAGUUCCAGCUACGGCUCACCAAUGCCCUACACUAUGGGUCUUCAGUACACGCAAGCGGACCAGCAUCAGCAUGCGAUGCCGGAGAUGGAGAACAGCGGGCUCUAUCCGGGUGCGACUACUAGGAGUCUAGCCGCGACGAUGCCACCACCUUUCAUCAGUGGGUGUUGUCAUACGGCGACACCGCUAAACAGCCCACCACUAGCAGCCAUGCAAAGCCCGUCCUCGGUACCGAAGCCUAACGGGGGUUCACCGCAAAAUGGUAGCUGUUGUGCUAGUAAGGCACAGGUAUCACAUUCUGCUCCAAACUCUGGAAUGGUAUCCCAGCAAGGAUACACGCAGUCAUUCAUACCACAACCAUCCACCUCGAGCUGCUGUGGCAGCAAAGCUCAAGCUCAAUUCAUGAACACAAGCAAUGUGCCGAUGACUCACCAUCAGCAGCAAGUAUACGGCCAGCCAUAUGUGCCCCAGUUCCAGUGUCCCACUGUGUUCACAUACCCCGGGGAUUACGGCUCUUGGCAGCAACCAGUCGUCCCGAGAAUCUGGCAACAGGUCGCCGCGCAAACCAGCAUGCACGUCGCACUGGGUGCGCCGCCGAUGGCACCUCUCUCCAAUGGAGGAGGGACAGGAGAGGUUGGCACCAGCCAUGAGUGCAACUGCGGUCCGGGCUGCCGAUGCGUGGGCUGCAUAGCUCAUCCGUUCAACGCCCAGAUGUUCCAGUACGUCAAUAAUGCGUAUAGUGGCAGCAAUGGGAGCAGCCCAGGCGCUGCAGACAUCUCCGGCGGCGGAGGAGGAGGAGCAGGAGGAGGAGAAGGAGAAGGGUGGGGCCAGCAACAGCAGACGCAACAGACGCAACAGACAGUGACCGGCGGACAGGAGUCGCCGGCCGAAGCGCCCACGCCGGCGGGCAGCGAAGGGUCGCCUCAUCUCGAAGAGCAGUUUCUGUCGUCGAUGGACUACUUCUUUGUGAACCUGCCCAUCUCGGGGCUCUGCGGCGGCAGCCUCGAGUCUUGUCCGUGCGGGGACAGCUGUAACUGUCCUGGGUGUUUGGUGCACAACGUUCCCCUGCAGCAGGCGUAGGACUCUUCGGUAAUGGAUAUUCAAUGUGGACGAUAUAGCUUAGGCGGCUAUGCUAUCAACAUGGCGAAUGGUGAUGAAACUAGUAGUGCGUAGGUGUAGUUGUGACCCGGACGGGGUAACUGUAGAGCCAGACGUGGCGGUCAAUGGUGCUUACUAGUGUUCAGGAUGGGAGAGGGUGUAGCAAGCUGCAGGAGAGGACAUGACCGCGUCAUCAUUGCUCUUCGGUUCCAAUUAUCAUGGAUCUUUUCAAUGUGUUCGCCAUGACUGGCUAUCCUUAUUAGGCGGGCACUGUCGUUUGUUGCAUGAACUGAUACCCUUUCUGCGCGGGAACAUCGUUACCUGGAAGCUAGGUAGAACUCCUUUGUAUAACUCGCGAGAAGCAUGCGUAAUUGCAGAAACUCAGCCUCAUCACGAGAUAUGUAAC